AAGAGAGUAGAGAAGGAAGAGUACUUACUUAUCCUACUCUCUCUUUUCCUUCUCACAUCUCUUUUUCCAUUUUUUGGUCUCAAAAAUCCAAUUGUUUUAGAACUAAACAAAUAGAAAAAUAAGUUAUUCGAAGGAAUUAUAAUCAUGGGACGUUCACCUUGUUGUGAGAAAGCUCAUACAAAUAAAGGAGCUUGGACUAAAGAAGAAGAUCAACGACUUGUUAAUUAUAUUCGUGCUCAUGGUGAAGGUUGCUGGCGUUCUCUCCCUAAAGCUGCUGGAUUACAAAGGUGUGGAAAGAGCUGCAGAUUGAGAUGGAUAAAUUAUCUAAGGCCUGAUCUGAAAAGAGGGAAUUUUACUGAAGAAGAGGAUGAAUUGAUCAUCAAACUCCAUAGUUUGCUUGGAAAUAAAUGGUCUGUGAUAGCUGGGAGAUUGCCGGGAAGAACAGAUAACGAAAUCAAGAACUAUUGGAACACACACAUUAAGAGAAAACUCAUCAGCCGUGGCCUUGAUCCACAUUCCCACCGUCCACUCAACACCACCACCAAUGCUGCCGCCAACGCCACAACUUCUAUUUUCACAACAAAAAACAUCUGCUUAGACUUUAGAAACACCUCAGUAACAGCAGCAACCCCUUUAUCUCUAAACGAUCAAAAAAUAUCUACAAAUAAUUAUUCAUCUUCGACUGAAGAAACAAAAUGCAGCAGUGGCACAACUGAGGAAAGACACGAACCGCUGGCUCCGAUGGCUACUGAGAAAAGCUCCGAUGAAGUGAGGAUCAAUCUUGAACUUUCAAUUGGGCUUCCAUUUCAGGCCAUGGGAGUGCAGAGGUGGCCGACGGUGGUAGCCACCGAGAUGGUGAAGAAAGCAGUGUGUUUGUGUUGGCAAAUAGGAUCUCAAAGUGGUCAGCAGUUUUGUGGUAAAUGUCAAGCCACAAAUGGCUUUUACAGAUAUUCUUGACAACAACAGUGUAAUCCCACAAGCGGGGUCUAAAAAGGGCAGGAUGUACGCAUAUCCUACCCCUAUCUUUGUUUGUUUCCGAUUUACAGAUAUUCCUACUUUUUGGAUAAAUAGAGAUUCUAUUUUUAAUUUUAGGUUUAGAUAUUAAUCUUUCUUUUGGAUGCAAAAUAUUUGCCUCUCAAUUCUAUUAUAUCAUCAAAGCUAAGACCUUUUCAGUUAGUUGUAUAUUCUGUGACAAACUUUCUACUUUGGAAAUCAAUGGAAAGAAUUGGAAAACGAAUUUUAAUUUUUCCAAGUUCUAAUA